AUGUCUGUUGAGAAUGAAGCAAUGGCCAUUCACCAGGCAAAGCAGUUGAAGGACCACCUAAAACACAGUGGCUUUCACUUAACUAAGUGGAUGUCAAACUCAAAAAGGGUUAUUACUGCGAUCCCACAGGAUGACAGGAGUCCUCCUGUUAAAGAUAUUGAUCUGACAAAACAGGACCUACCAACUGACAGAGCCUUGGGGGUCCUGUGGAGCCUAGAGAGUGAUGUGCUUCAGAUCAGAGUAACUGUACCGAUCUCAAAAAGAGGUAUGCUAAGCGUCAUGGGGUCAGUAUAUGACCCGCUCGGCUUGUUAGCCCCAUUCACGGUGAGAGCAAAUAUGAUCUACCAAGAAGAAGUGAGACGUCAACGAGGAUGGGAUGAAGAGCUUAGCUCACAGAAUUCCGUAAAAUGGAAUGCAUGGCUCAGUGAACUAAGGGAAUUGGAAGGCUUCUGUGUCAACAGGUGCAUAGUGCCUAUGAAUCUUGGAAAAAUCGGCAGUGUGCAGCUACAUCAUUUCUGUGAUGCAUCCACAAAGGCGUUUGCAGCCGCUUCUUACUUGAGGAUACAAGAUGUGUCGGGCAUCACUCACUGUGCUCUCAUGUUGACAAGAACAAGACUGGCUCCAAUAAAGACAACCACCAUCCCCAGACUGGAGUUGUCAGCAGCAUUCCUGGCAGCCACAUCAGAUGCAAAAUUGCGGAAGGAGCUCUCUUUGCCUAUUGAUGACUCCGUGUUCUGGACUGAUAGUACUAUUGUUCUGCAGUACAUCAAAAAUACCUCCCGUCGAUUCCACACAUUCGUUGCGAAUCGAGUGGGGAUUAUACACAAAAAUUCAUCUCCCCAACAGUGGAGACAUGUAAGAUCAGAGCUCAACACAUCUGAUUCUGCUUCCAGAGGUCUAUCAGCUAUAGAGUUAAUGCAAAGAAAUGAUUGGAAGGAAGGGCAGAAUUUCUCCUCUUACCUGAAACCUCCUGGCCUCCUCCACCGGAACUUCCUGGGAUUUCAAAUGAUGAUCCUGAAGUUAAGAAUAUGA